AUGGAAGUCGCCGGCGUUGUCAUAGGUGCUGUUGCACUCAUCGGAGUGUUUGAGGAUUGCAUAGAGCUCUUUUCCCAGAUCGGCGCCGCCAGAUCUAUGGAGAAUGACUACAUACUACUCGCAACGAGACUCGAUCUUCAAAAGGCUAUACUACUGCAGUGGGCAGAACGAUUGAGGCUCUACGAGGCCAAGGAGCACGAUACACGAUUGGACGAUCCGAUGCUUGGACCCGUCAUUCACAAAGGUCUUGACUGCAUCCGCCAGCUUCUACAAAACGGAAAUGUAUUACAGCAACGGUACGGUGUAAGACCGACGGAUUCCCACGAAACGACUGAUCCUCAAACAGUGCCUGAUCAACGCCGGCUCCCAAAUCAUUUGCUAGGCCAAAUUCGCAAGCCUAAGAGACAGCGAUCUGAUGUCGAACUGUCUCAACCCCAGAGCUCUAACCAGUACCCAGGCGAUGAUUAUACGCCCAAACGUGCGCGAUGCAGUUCCAGAGAUCAAAACGACCCCUUACAUCCGCUUCCCGAUAGAGACUACAUGGCCAAACCCUCCCGCCUGGACAGGAUCAUGUGGGUUAUCAAAGACAAAGAUCAAUUCGAAGGCCUAAUUCGAAAGUUAUCGGAUCUUAUAGCAGACAUAGACAAAGCUGUGCCACCCCGAGCCGGCGAAUUACCUACUCGUGCUCUGUUAGAGUACGAGAUCCAAGGACUGAAGAGUGUCCGCGAGUUAAGAAUCAUCAUGCAUGCUUCAGGAAGCGACAAUCGUGAUCUCGCCGGCAUCACCCAACAGACUAUUGAUCGACAGUGCGCGAAGUUGAUUCUCAACCGCCUUUGGUUCCGUCUUAUUGAUGACAGGAAGAACAACAUUGCUGAAGCCCAUCUCCACACUCUCAACUGGGCUAUCAAUCCGCCCGCUUCCGACGUUGUCUGGGAUGACCUGGGUGAAUGGCUGCGAUCUGGACGAGAUUUCUACUGGAUAUCUGGUAAACCAGGCAGUGGAAAAUCUACACUGAUGAAAUUUUUGUACGGUCAUCCCAAGGUUAUAUCUGACUUGAAGAUAUGGGCGAGAGGCAGGCAACUGACAAUGGCGCCAUUCUUUUUGUGGAAUAUUGGAUCUGUCGAGCAGAAUUCGCAAGAAGGGCUUGCAAGAGGACUACUACAUCAUGUGCUGACAGAAAACCCGACACUGAUUUCUACGGUACUUCCAAAUAUGUGGCAAGAAGCACAGAGUGGUAGUGUUGACUUGCAACUUCCCACCAAUAUCGAAACAAAGACAGCAUUCCAGCGACUCGGCGCAGCGACAACGACCGGAGCUUUUGCUUUCUUCAUUGAUGGUCUUGAUGAGUUCACUGGCAACCCUCGAGAUGGAAUCUCAUUUGUGAAAAGCCUAGUCACCAGUUCGAAUAUCAAGAUUCUGGUCUCAAGUAGACCCAUCGAUACAUGCGUAGCAGCCUUCUCCUCGGCUCCUACGCUGAGACUACAGGAUCUCACGAAACCCGACAUUGAGAUGUACAUCAACGACAUUGUACGAUCACACCCUUACGUUGCCGAUUCCAAUUACCUCUGCGAAAUGACUGUGGAAGGUCUGAUAGAUGACAUACGAAACAAAGCGAACGGUGUAUUUCUAUGGGUCGUACUUGCCUGCCGCACUUUGCUUGAAGGUUUCGAGGCAUUCGACAACGCAGAGGAGCUUCAACGUCGCGUGGAAGAGUUGCCACCGGAACUCGAAAGUCUCUUUCGCCACAUACUCAACAGUCUUCCCCCUCGUUUCCUUCAACAAGCUGCCAAACUCCUGCAGCUUUGCUAUCUUAGGCGCUAUCGGCUGAGUUCCGAAAUCUCAGCUUUUACGCUGGCCUGGGCUCACGAGAAAGAUAUGAAGUUGUGCGAAUUGGACAAAUUUUACCCAGUCAAGCACUCUGACCGGAUUGAAAAAUGUGUAAUGUUGGAAGGCCGCCUGCGUAGUCGAUGCAGAGGACUCCUAGAGGUUCAAAGAGACCCCAAGUCCAAGAUACCCAUCAGCGUCGACUUCAUGCAUCGCACGGUGUUCGAGUUUCUCGAUACCCCAGACGUUUGGACAUUGGACUGUAUGCAUAUCGACGACCGACAAUUCGACGCUACUACCGUUCUGGCUUACAUGUCCUGUUAUGAUCUGUUUCUUCAGGAUAAAAGCAUAAGACAUGAGAAGAGAUUUGCGCAGGAGACCUACUACUGUUUACAGGAGGUGCAGAACGACUCACCAUGGAACUUGCCGCACCUACUUAACCGUGUAGCAUUUGCAUUCAUGCGGGAGCGGGGCAAUGCGGAGCCAGUCUUUGGCCCUAGUCAGGACAUCUUAUCUCUAGCCGAUGCAUCUAUUCUGCUGGCCGUCGAGUUUGAUCUGACUUCCUUCUUCAAGGAUUAUGAUGAAAGCAGAUUGGACACCGAAUACGCAUUGGGAUCCCAUGGAAUGUCUAUAAGAGUGCGCUUCAAUCUCCUGUAUCAUGCACUCGCCAAGCCUCUUAUGUAUGGUAUUCUGGACUUUGCACGCGACACGCCAUGUUCGACAGCCAUCGUCGAUCUUCUCCUUCGAUCAGGAUGUGAUCCAAAUGGAUCUCUCGUUAGACUAUACUAUCAUCUCGUCUUUGAUGACAAUAUGGGAAUACCUAAGGAUUCAUACACAACUCCGUGGGAUGAAUGGAUGAAUUCUGCCGAGGGUAUCUACUUGGGCUACGCGAACGAUGAUCCUCUGUCCGGAGAGGAGGUCUCAGAGCUCGCUCUAACAACCGUACUAAUGAUUCGAGCUGGUGCAAAUAUUGUUGAUCACCGAAAUAAAUUGAGAGAGACCGCUGAGAGCUGGUUAGAGAUUGUGAAAGGUUCAGAGAAUUCGAAAGAUCGAGAAACGAGAGAAUACUGCAAUGAGAUCGUGGAAGCAGCAACGACAGACUCUGAGGAUAACUCGAGCAUAUCGUCGUCGAACAGCGAAGAGAUUCUAAGCGCAACAGAUACCGAUCACGAGGAGGAUAAUCCGAGCCUACUGGUGUCGGACAACGAAGAGAUCCCAAGUGCAGCGGAUACGGAUCUUGAGGAGAAUGACCCCAGUAGGGUGUCGACUGAUGGUGAGGGUGACUGGAAUGCAGUAGCGGUUGGAAGUAAGGACGAUCCCAUUCAAAUCGAGUAA